ACCUGCACACAGCAGGGCUUGGAGCUGGAUGAGCGCUGUGCUCCUUUGCAGCCCAGGCCGUUCUAUGAUUCAGGCACACUGUCCUUCAUUCAAAGCAUCAGCAGUGGAGCUGCCUGGGCAGGAGGUCCCACUCUGUCCUCACCUCCAUGGCUGCAGCUGUGUCCUUAAAGCUUGCAUCCCACAGUAAAUGAAUCCAGGCAGAGCAGCAAACCCUGAGGUGAUCACAUAGUUUGACAUCACUCUUUGCUGCUCUAUGGCAGCAGCACCUGGCACUGAGCAGGACCCUGCCCCACGCCUCUCAGCAGCAGCUCUUUGGGCUGCAGCCUGAGGUCACGCUGCAGGAUGUGACCCUGUGUUGCCCUUGGUCUGCUGAUAAUUGGCUUCAACAGGGAUUGUCUGCGAGGAGGAUUUGUCGUAGAGCCCGAGGUCCGUCAGCAUGCUCCAGGUCCCGCUGCCCCUGGAUCGUGAUGGUAUCCUGUUCCGGCUCCGUUUCACCACUCUGGCUGUUUGGACUGUGUUUUGCCCCUUGUUUGGUUUCCUUUUCUGCGUGAUUUGGUCUCUGCUCUUCCACUUCAAGGAGACAACAGCCACGCACUGCGGGGUCCCAAACUACCUGCCUUCCAUCAGUGCUGCCAUCGGAGGAGAGACCCCGCAGCGCUACGUCUGGCGCCUCUGCAUUGGUCUGCACUCAGCUCCACGUUUCCUGGUGGCUGUUGCCUACUGGAACCACUACCAGAGCUGCCACUGCUCCCACCCUCGCUACAGGCGCCUGUGCCACCUCAACCUGCUGCUCAACCUGCUCGAGAACUUUGCCCUCCUCGUGCUGACCUAUGUGUCCUCCUCAGAGAACUAUGGUACGUGGCUCCCUGCAACUCUGCACCAACCCCUGCAUGCUCAGCUUGUUUGUGGAAGCUGAGCUCUGUAAAAGUUAGGAUUUAUAUUAUAGAAUGA